AUGAAAAUAAAAUUAUUCUUUAUACUGAUCUCUUUGCUUCAUAUUAUUCGAAGCGAAGCUAAUAUUGAUUUAUGUACAUUUAAUUCAACCAUUCAAGAUCUUCCAUCGACAUGGAUCUAUACAACGGUCGACAAAGUAAAACUUUGUUUUCAAAACAUACCAGUGAAUAACAUUACAAUGAAUGAAACAAUGAAACAAUUAUUUAACUCAUUAGAUUUUUAUAGUUUUUUUAGUUUAGUUCGUCAAAGUAAUUAUCCUUAUUAUACAAAUGUUCGAUUUCAAGAAGAGUUAUUAAAUAUCAUGAAUCAAUCAAAUAGAAAUAUGUAUACAAAUGAUUAUGAUUUUCACAUGUCUAUUGUAAAUACUUUUAAAAAGCUCAAUGAUUUUCAUACACAAUAUAAUGCGCCAAAAGGAUAUGCAGAAUUUCAAUUAUUACUACCAUUUAUUCUAGAAUUUUUACCACUAACAAAACAGAUCAAAAUUAAAACAGGUAUUAAAUUAUAUUCUUCAAUGAUUGGAAAUAAUGCCAAUAUGAAUUAUAAUGAUAAAAUCAUCACAAAAAUUGAUGGUGUCAAUGCAUUAGAAUAUAUGAAACAAUUUUCUGAACAACAUUCACUUAUGAGUAAAGAUAAGACUGCUAAACUGAAUUCUGUUUUCAGAGAAGAAUUUUGGUUGCGAAAUCUUGCAGAUUAUCCAUUACCAACGGCCAAUAAUAUAACAUUUACCAUAUUUGACAAUGUUGAAUUAACAUUAACAUUUCCUUAUCUAGUGAUAGUUACAAAAAAGUUUGACAAUCAAAGUAGUUUAGAAAAUGAUAAUCGUUUUACAGGACCAUCAUCUUUUGAUAAAAGAACUGUUUUUACGUAUGUGAGUAAUUCUGAAAAAUUAAAUUGGUAUCAAGAGAAAAAAAAUGAUAGCUUUGAUUUUAUUAUGGGAGGUAAUAAUAUAUAUUAUUAUACUCAUAAGCGAACAAAAACUGCUAUCAUUAGACUUGCUUCAUUUGAUGAAGAAAAUUUGGAAGAUGUGAAAAAAAUAUUUUUAAUGGCUACUGGAAAAACAUUAAUUAUUGAUUUAAUCGGAAAUCAUGGUGGUCAUAGUUGUCUAGCUUAUAGUUUACUAAAUUAUUUAGUUCCAGAAUAUUCUAAUCUAAGUGCCUUGUAUGAACCAAUAGACGCUAGAAUAACUCAACCACUAAAAUCAUUUUCUAUGGCAUUUAAUUUCUAUCCAAAUUCAAUAUUAGAUUUACGAACUGGUCUUUCAUUUACAAACAUGCAAUGGAUAGAACCAUAUGUGAAUUAUACAAGAGGAAAUUCAACAGAUGAAUAUUCAAUGAAAUGGUCGAUAAAUUGUGAUGGACAAGUAUUUGGUGGAGGAAAAUUUUGGAUUAAAAAUGCAACUAAUACAAAAUAUUUUCAAUCUAUUUAUGCUUUAACAGAUGGUACGUGUGGUAGUGCUUGCAGUUUAUUUCUAUCGAAAUUAAAAUUUGGUUCCAAUUUUAAUCAGAUUUUCGGUAUUGGUGGUGGAUACGAUGGAAACGAUUUAUUUGAAAGUUCAAGUUAUGCUGGUGGUGGUGCAUUCAGUUGGAAUAAUAUUGUCACAUAUUACAAUCUGGUUGGUGUUAAUAAUUCGUCCAUUGACUAUCUACCAACAAGUGCUUUUUUGAAUUUGAAUGUAUAUGAAAUAUAUAUCAAUUCAAUCAGUAGUGAUUAUCCAAGAGAAUUUGUUAAGCAGUCAAUUGAUAUACGAUUAAAUAAAUCUGAUUAUUUUAAUAUUCAACCAGCUUUAGAAGCAAUAAUAAAUUAUGAUAGUCCAGGAAAUGCAUAUGUUUGGAUAGGAAGCAGUUCAAUGAAGAGCAUUGUCUCUUAUGUAGUCGUAGUGGAAUUAUUCUUGCAAAUAAUGAAGUAG